AUGGCGGCGGCGACGGCGAUCUGCGUGGAUGACGAGGCGGCCUCCGCCGCCGCGGAAUGCGCGCCGGGGAUCGAGAAGCUGGAUCUCGCUGCCACCGGCGCCGGCGCCGGUGGCAAGAGGAGCGUCUACCUCAUGGACUGCGCGCCGGUCUGGGGCUGCGCGUCCACGCGCGGCCGCAGCGCCGAGAUGGAGGACGCCUGCGCCGCGGCCCCGCGCUUCGCCGACGUGCCGGUGCGCCUGCUCGCCAGCCGCCGCGACCUCGACGGCCUGGGCCUCGACGCCGACGCGCUCCGCCUGCCGGCGCACCUGUUUGGCGUCUUCGACGGCCACGGCGGCGCCGAGGUGGCCAACUACUGCCGGGAGAGGCUCCAGGUGCUGUUGCGGCAGGAGCUGAGGCUACUCGGCAAGGAUUUGGGGGAGACGAGCGAGGUGGACAUGAAGGAGCACUGGGACGAGCUGUUCACCAGGUGUUUCCAGAGGCUGGAUGACGAGGUGUCAGGGCAGGCGAGCAGGCUCAUCGGUGGCGUCCAGGAGUCACGGCCGGUGGCUGCCGAGAACGUGGGCUCGACUGCGGUUGUCGCUGUUGUGUGCUCGUCCCAUGUGGUGGUCGCCAACUGCGGGGAUUCGCGUGUCGUCCUCUGCCGUGGAAAAGAGCCCGUAGAGCUGUCGAUUGAUCACAAGCCUGACAGGAAGGAUGAGCGGGCGAGGAUUGAGGCCCUGGGAGGCAAGGUCAUCCAAUGGAACGGCUACCGGGUCUCCGGUAUACUUGCUAUGUCAAGAUCGAUUGGGGACCGGUAUUUGAAACCAUUCGUCGUUCCAAAACCAGAAGUUACAGUCUUUCCUAGGGCGAAAGAUGACGACUGCCUCAUUCUUGCAAGUGAUGGAUUGUGGGAUGUAGUGACGAAUGAAGAGGCAUGCAAAGUUGCGCGUCGGCAAAUCCAAAUGUGGCACAAGAACAAUAGUGUCACAUCAUCAUUGUGUGAUGGGAGUGAUGAAUCCACUGAUCCUGCUGCACAAGCCGCUACUGAUUAUCUUAUGAGGCUUGCACUGAAGAAGGGUACUGAGGACAAUAUCACUGUAAUUGUGGUUGACUUGAAACCUCGAAAGAAGCUCAAGAGCAACCCAUAA